AUGCCGAAAUCAGUUCCAGACCUCAGAAUCCCCCCCUCUUCUACCACUGUGGGUGUCCGCAUCAUCGAUACUACAACUCGCAUGUCCGGUAUUCCUCUCUCCGAAUUUGUUUCUCCCGCUAUCCCGGGACACACCCAUCUUUCCAUCCCCGCCUAUUCAUUUCUCAUUGAGCACUCUUCCUCUCGCUCACUCCUCCCCGAUCUUGGUGUCCGAAAAAAUUGGGAGAAUCUCGCACCCGCAUUACCGAACGCAUUAGAGAUGGCGGCUGGAAAGUUACGGUUCAAAAGGGGGUACGUGAACAGCUGGAAGACCAUGAAGUAUCAACUGCCAAUAUUGAAGCCAUCAUUUGGAGUCACUGGCACUGGGAUCACACCGGAGAUCCUAGUAUAUUUGACAAAUCCACCGCUCUGA